AUGAAGUUUGUGGCAUUGAUAUCUGGUGGUAAGGAUUCUUUCUUUAAUAUUCAUCAUUGUUUGUCUCAGGGUCAUGAUUUAAUUGCGUUGGCUAAUUUAUAUCCUCAGGAUCCUACGAAAGAUGAGAUUGAUUCCUUUAUGUUUCAGACUGUGGGGCAUGAUGUUAUAGAAUAUUAUUCUGGAUGUUUGAAUGUGCCCUUAUAUAGGCAGCCAAUUUCCGGUACUUCUUCAAAUCAGCAUCUUGAAUAUUCUAUAACUAAAGAUGAUGAAAUUGAAGACUUGUAUAAAUUAUUAAGUACUGUUAAACAUCAUCAUCCUGAUUUACAAGCAGUUAGUUGUGGAGCUAUUCUAUCACAUUAUCAAAGGAGUAGAGUUGAAAAUGUAUGUGACAGAUUGAAUUUGACUUCUUUGGCUUACCUUUGGCAACGUGAUCAGUAUGAAUUGAUGCAAGAAAUGUGUCAGAAUCAAUUGGAUGCUAGAUUAAUUAAAGUAGCAGCCAUAGGAUUGAAUGAAAAUCAUCUUGGAAAGUCAAUUAGUCAAGUUUUCUCACAAUUGGUUAAGUUGAAUCAAUUGUAUGAGGUUCAUAUCUGUGGUGAAGGUGGAGAAUUUGAGACUUUGGUAUUUGAUUCACCCAUAUUCAAAUAUAAGAAAUUGAUCCUUACUGAUAAACAAAUUGUAAAUCAUUCUAAUGAUGAUGUUUCUUAUCUCAAAGUUAAAGUAGAAGUUGAAGAAAAAGACGAUGCUUCGGAUUACUCAUUAAUAAAUCCUCCUGAUUUAUUAAGUCCAGAGUUUGACGAACUUCUAGAUGAAGUUAAACGAGCUCCAGAUCUUAGCAAACUCGACAUUAAUGAAACAGCUGAAACUGUGGAUGCAUCUAUUCGACACAAAUCUAUAGAAUCUAUAGUUUCAACUGAAACAAAAUUAUACAUAUCUAAUAUAACUUCGUCUGCUCCUGACCUUAAGAAUCAAGCUACAGAGAUAUUUCACAGAUUGGCAGAAAUACUACAAGAACAUAACUUAUCAUUCAAUAAUAUUCAACACAUAACUUUAUUACUUGCUGAUAUGAGUAGCUUUAAUGAAAUCAAUAGCAUUUAUUCCAAAAGUUUUGAGCAUUUAUAUUUACCACCAUCAAGAAUAUGUAUUCAGACUAGUUUAAAUUCACAAAUACAGUUAUCUUGUAUAGUACUAAAGCAACAUCCUGAUAAUAUGAAAUCAGGACAUCAUAUCAGAUCUCGAUCCUAUUGGGCUCCACAAAAUAUAGGGCCAUAUUCCCAAACUGUAAUUGAAACAAGAGGGUCAUAUAAGACAGCCACAUUGUCGGGUCAAAUUCCCUUGAUUCCAAGUUCAAUGGAGUUGUCUUUGGAAAAUUCUGAAUUCAAUUCCGUUUUAUCAUUACAACACUUACAUAGAGUUAAAACAUUAGCAAAUGUUACAAAAUUAGCUCUGGUGAUAUGUUUCAUUACAAGGCAAAGAUUCUUAUCGGAAGUCAGUAGUACAUGGAAUGAAUAUAUAUCUUCGAUUGAACAAACUGGGAGUAGCUUGAAGCAGUUAGUAAUAGUUCAAGUACCAGCCUUACCAAGAAAUGCACAAGUUGAGUGGGGUGGUCUUAGUUAUGAAAGUAUUACCGACAUGUACUAUGAUGACGACGAUGAUAUGGAUGUUGAUAAUAAAGAAAGUGAUAUUACAAAACUUGUAGAGACAUUUGAAGACAGUAAUUAUGUAUGUAUUGAUAAAGCUGAAACAUUUAAGGUUGUUGUUUUGUUUAGUAAUGAACAAGAAAUUGUGAAAGAAUUACUUAAAACAAACCAGUCCGAUUAUAUACAGCUCAUAACAACCCAUACACAUGCCAAAGAGUUAAAUAUUACUUUAAAUUGUGAAUUCCUUCCUGUAGACGCAGUAUGGAAUAACAAAGGGAAGUCCUACAAAUAUGCAUUGGUCUUAAAGAUAGAGUCCAAAUUACCAUAA